GAAAAGUAAGAACAUUGAAGCUUCAAUUGUAUUUUCGCAUCACAACGUACCAAAGUAAAUGCCGACGCAACUUUCUUCCCGUUGCACAAAUUUUCAAAUCCAUUCGAACAAAUCCAGGUUUUAUAAUGGCGGAUACCGCGGCCUCGUCAUUAACGCCCAUACCCGACAAGAAAAGCAGGUCUCGUGGAAAACACAAGCGACCUCGCGAAACCAACGAUACAGAAGGCAGCGAGCGGAAACACAAGAAAUCGAAAAGCAGCGGUAAUGAUUCCAACUCAGAACCAGAAGUCCCGACGAACAUAGAUGAAGUCUCUAUCCAUCAGUCUCGCACGGAAAAAAAGAAACGGAAACAAGAAGCCCAUGGUAUAGGAAAGGCAAAGAAGAGCCAGGAAUCUCUGGAGGAUAACACAAUGGAUUCGAGCUUAACAAAGAAAGAGAAAAAACGAAAGGAGCACAAGAAAAAUCACAAGAGUCUCGAGGUUGAGACAAUAUCGUCGCAAGAUGAGAUUAUACCCGACAGCCAACAAGCUCCAGAAACCGUGCCUAUGGAUAUUGACUCGAUUCCGGUUGAAGCUCACAAUGCAGACGAGUUUGGACAAAAGCCCGAUAUCAAAGAAUAUCCCUUCUUUACGCAGACUGUGUCUCAAUACCUACCAUUAUUCCCGUCUGGCCUAGUCAAGCCGAUAGAAGGUUUCGCGGAUCAGCAUCUCCUGCCCUUGAUUAACCGCUAUGUGCCCAGCUUCCGUGGCGUCCUGCUGGCGUUUCGAAACCCUCGCGUUGGCGAGGCGCCGGGAAAAGGAUCGCUGACCGAAAAGAGCGCCACGGAGGAUGUCGUGUUAAUGGAGUCCAUCAACGAAUAUGCGGUUAGCUUUGGGUGGUUGACCGCCGAAGUAGACUUGUUCCGUCCAGCUCGGGGCGCAUGGAUGGAAGGAAUGGUGAAUCUCCAGGGCGAGGGCCAUAUUGGUGUUGUCUGCUGGGAUAUGUUCAAUGCCUCGAUUGAAGCAGCAAGACUGCCUCACGGCUGGCGCUGGAUUGACCUACUUUCUAAUGGCAAGCAUAAAGACAAGGGGAAGGGGAAUGAAAAAGAGAAAACAGCUGAGGAAGCCAAACUCCCUACACCCGAACCCUUGGACAACCCAGACGAUGACACAGCGCAACUACACACAACGGGCUACUGGGUGGACGAAAAUGGGACGAGAAUACGCGGAGGCACUAAGCUUUAUUUCCGAAUCAAGCAUUACGAGGUUGGUGCAAGCGGCGACUACGGAUACCUGAGCAUUGAAGGCACGAUGUUGAACGAGGAAGAAGAAAAGGCCAAGCACAAUGAUGAAAUUGAGGCGAUGAGAAGACGUAACUUGAAGCAUGGAGGUGUUUUGCGUAAAGGACAGAAGCGCUUGCCCGAGUUCAGCAUGACCAAAUUCGGAGUGGAUGAGACUGAGGAUAGCGAAGCACAGCGUGCUCCUAUAUUUAUUGCGAGCCGUCCUGCGAGUCGUCCCGGGAGUGAUAUCGACUAGCUGGAUGUCACAGCCAUUUCGUAUCCAUUAUGUACCUAAUAUACAUGUAUGUAUCUAUUAGGUUAGGCAAUGCUGUCCAUACCUACUAGAUGCAUAAUACAUGCAGUACCUAGUAGUACAUACCUGUGGCCUUAAUCCUCGGGCCAUAUGUACCUAG